AUGGCUGUGCCAGUGUUCUGUCUCAUCUUUUUUCUCAUGCCAGGAGCAUCGGCAUUUGUUUGCAAUUUUACUGAUUGUGAAGCUCUUCUCAAAUUCAAGGGAGGCAUAACAAGUGAUCCGAAAGGAUACGUCCAGGAUUGGAAUGAAGCCAAUCCUUUCUGCAACUGGACCGGAAUUACAUGCCACCAAUAUCUCCAAAACCGGGUUAUAGAUCUUGAGAUCAUAGAAAUGCGCUUAGAAGGAAGUAUGUCGCCAUUUCUAUCCAAUCUUUCUCUUCUCACCAAGCUUUCCUUGCAGGGUAAUAAUUUCCGUGGAGAAAUCCCAACUACCUUGGGGGCUCUCUCACAGUUGGAAUAUCUGAAUAUGAAGGAAAAUAAGCUCUCUGGUGCCUUUCCAGCUUCACUACAUGGCUGUCAAAGCUUGAAAUUUCUAGACUUGUCUGUGAACAACCUAUCUGGGGUCAUUCCUGAAGAACUAGGAUGGAUGAAGAAGCUGAGUUUUUUAGCUCUCUCUGUAAACAACCUCACUGGGGUCAUUCCGGCCUUCUUGUCAAACCUGACAGAAUUGACACAGCUAGAACGGGCUGUGAACUACUUUACUGGGCAAAUCCCAGUGGAGCUUGGAGUUUUGAGCAGGCUUGAGACUUUGUUUUUGCACCUAAACUUUCUUGAGGGAACAAUACCUGCAUCACUAAGUAAUUGCACUGCAUUGCGAGAAAUUUCAUUGAUUGAGAAUCUUUUAUCCGGGGAAAUCCCUUCAGAAAUGGGGAACAAGCUCCAAAACUUGCAGAAGUUGUAUUUUUUAAACAACAACAUUUCUGGUAGGAUUCCAGUGACAUUCUCAAAUCUUUCACAAAUAACUCUGCUUGAUUUGAGUGUCAAUUACUUGGAGGGUGAAGUUCCCGAGGAACUGGGGAAGUUGAAGAACCUUGAGAUCCUUUACCUCCAUAGCAACAACCUGGUUAGCAAUUCUUCUCUUAGUUUUCUUACUGCUCUCACAAACUGUUCAUUUCUGAAGAAACUGCACUUGGGCUCCUGUUUAUUUUCUGGGAGUUUACCUGCUUCCAUUGGAAAUCUUUCCAAAGACCUCUACUAUUCCAAUCUUUUGAAUAACCGUAUAAGAGGAGAGAUUCCAGAUAGUAUUGGAAACUUGAGUGGCCUCGUGAACCUACAACUGUGGUACAAUCACCUGGACGGGACAAUUCCAGCAACUUUUGGAAAGCUGAAGCUGUUGCAAAGACUAUAUUUGGGGAGAAACAAGCUCCAAGGUUCCAUUCCAGAUGAAAUGGGGCAGAAGGAAAACCUUGGCUUACUUGAUCUUGGCAAUAAUUCCUUAACCGGUUCAAUCCCUUGUUCACUUGGUAACCUCUCACAGUUGAGAUACCUUUACCUAUCUCGGAACAGCUUAUCAGGAAAUAUUCCCAUCAAACUCAGCCAGUGCUCUCUCAUGAUGCAGCUGGAUUUAUCUUUUAACAACUUGCAGGGGCCUCUUCCACCAGAAAUUGGAGUUUUUUCUAACUUGGGGCUCUCCGUCAACCUUUCAAAUAACAAUCUAGACGGGGAAAUACCUGCAACUAUUGGAAAUCUGGUAUCUGUACAAGCUAUUGACUUAUCGGUGAACAGAUUUUCUGGCAUUAUACCAAGUUCAGUUGGAAGUUGUACAGCUUUGGAGUACUUGAACCUAUCCAAGAACAUGAUUCAAGGUACAAUUCCAGAGUCAUUGAAACAAAUUGCAUAUUUAAAAGCACUGGAUCUGGCUUUUAAUCAAUUAACAGGCAGCGUUCCAAUCUGGCUUGCCAAUGACUCAGUGAUGAAAAAUUUCAACCUGUCGUAUAAUAGAUUAACUGGAGAAUUUUCAAGUAUGGGAAGGUUUAAAAAUCUUAGUGGAAGCACAUUGAUAGGAAAUGCAGGCCUGUGUGGUGGUUCUGCGCUAAUGAGACUCCAGCCAUGUGCAGUUCAAAAGAAAAGGAGGAAGUUAUGGAAAUGGACCUAUUACUUGUUGGCAAUUACUGCUAGCUGCUUUUUACUGCUCUUGGUAUAUGUCGGGGUCCGUGUUAGACAAUUCUUUAAAAAGAAAACUGAUGCAACAUCUGAAGAAGCAAUUCUGAUGGCUUUCAGAGGACGAAAUUUCACUCAAAGAGAGCUCGAAAUUGCAACCGACGGGUUCUAA